AUGUCGAAAGAGGCUCGUCAGCAGAAGCGUCCAUCCGGAAGCCGGCCACUGGCGCGUCGAUUCUUCUCGACAGAUAGCAGUCGCAGUGCCGUUGAAAGCGAACAUUCACGCUCAGGAAGUGGUGCACGUGGAACUGCCACACCCUUGAGGGAACGAUCGGAUCCCUUCGCGGAUGAUUUGGUCCCGCCUACACCUCCCCGUGAGGCUUGGACAGAUAAUGUCCUAACCUCCUCGCCGCAAUCGGAGGAAGGCACCUUCACUUGGAACCCGAGAACCCAGUACUCCGACGCGUCUGGUUCUUCCGAUAGCGGACCACGUCCACUUCCAGCUGCUCGAGCGCAGAAAAAACCAUCAGGACUCUCGUUUUCUAAGACUGCCUCGAUAUCUUCGGAUACUAAGGAGGACAUACCACGUUCGCCGAGCUUGAGGCGUUGGGAAACCCUACGCAAGCAUGUCCUACCGGAGUCGGCAGAGGAAUCUCCGCCGCCAACGCCCCGUCUACCCGCCCUCACCCCCAAUAGGCCAGCAUCACCUGCAGGAUCCCGGCCGGGCACUCCAUCCUCCGCUCCUUUGAAGCAAUUCCGCCUUCCUCGUCGCUUUCGACAGGUAGUGGAACAAGCGCAGGAGGUCUCGAGCGAUAGCUCGCGACGCUUUGCAGACGAUGUCUUGCGAGCCAUCCUGGCCGCACGCUCCAUAGAGCCGCGAUUUCAGCCCAAGCGCGAAGGUACUACGCCGUUUAACAUGACAUUCAUGUCUACCACUACUACCUUGCCGGGCUCCGCAACCACCAGCACCAGCAAUCUCACCCAUGGACGUUUCGGUAACCGGGGCAUGCGACGAGCUCCAUCGAUGUCCUCAAUGCCGCCAUCCUCAGCCACACUUCCUACGUCAGGCCCUCUACAUGCGGUGCUGGCUCAAUAUGCCGCGGCGCUUUCAGGGACCGCCAAAGCAGAGGAGUCUCUACCAUACGAAGCGGACGUACUGGCGUUACUACUCGCGCCGUUCCUCAUGGAUGCUCCUGAUCCAAACAUUCUGAACGCACGUUGGCAGUCUAUAGAGACCUUUCAGGUCAUCGUAAAGACAUGGCCGUCACUCUCGCACGAGAUUGAACUCCAACGGUGUUUUUGGUGCUGCAAAGCGGCAGCACCGGUUGGAUUGGACAGGGACCUUCGCGCACGAGUCCUGGGUGCUUUGUCUUCUACGGUCUUCGCACCGGGUGUCGCCUUCCGGGCGGAAUCCCCGCUCGUUCUACAAACAUUACUCCAAGCGUUGUUCUCGUUAUUGGCAUCGUUGUCCGCCCUCGAUGGAGCACACGAGGAGGCCAGCCUUGUUCGAGAGCUCAUUGUCGGCGCAUUACAUGGAGCCUGUGGCGACCUUGAACCUUCUUUUGUUCUUCGGGACUUCGGUGCUAAGAUGAAGCGCACGGAAGACGUGUUCGUGAAAGACUGCGUUGUCCUCCAAGCGUUAUCAUCUUGUUUGGACUUGGAAGUACCGGCCCACCGUCCCUAUAUCGCCGAAGCCCUGUCCGAGGAUUUUUGGGCUGUAGCUACUGAUGCUGGCCCUCAUCCCAUCGACCUCUCUCCCUUAGUGGCGCGCUCGCUCGCACGCUGUGCGCAGGCUAUCCUCCACUACCUUCCUCAACCUGACGCGUCGCCGAUGUCCCUGAAACGUGCGCACGUUCUCCGCCUCGUCCGUGAUCGCUUGGUCCCUCAGGCAGAGUCACUGGCCGAUGAGUUCGCCUCCGAGCCGCGUAUGCUCGUCGCGCGUAUAGCGCUGCGCAUGCUCUGUAUGCAAGACAUGGCAGAACAAGAGGAGGCGAAAGUGUUGCUUGCACAGUGGUACAGCCUCAGUCAAAGUCCAUGGACGGCGGCACUUGAGUCAGCUCUUCGUCAGAAGAUGCAAGAGGAGACGUGGUCUUCAUCUGUGGCCGUCUGUAUGGCGUUGGUGGAUCAGCUACCGGAUGACUUCCGUUUGCCCGCGAUCAUGGGCUUCUUGCCAGUCCUGAACGAGCGACUCGUCAGCGACCCCCCUCAUCUGCCGUUUCCGGAACUCUCGGAGCUCUUGGAGACAGUAGCUCACGAUUAUCCCAAACUCUUCUACAAACCGAUGUUUGCACUUGCAGCCGCUUCGAAGGACAUCACGCUGUCAAAUCACUUGCGCGUUGUGGUUCAACUGGCGCGUAUCGUACGCACCUUCUGGAUCGCCGACAUAGAAAUGCUCCUUGUUGGAUUGAUGAGCGGUGGAACGUCGGGCUCCUCACGUCGACCCCGUCUCGGGCAGCUGAUUCUGACGAUGGAACUCACGUUUUUCGUCCAGUCGCUGAGCCGUAUCCCCAAAGACAAGACAAACGAAGCAGUUCUAGCUGCUUCAGCCAAGUUUCUCUUCGCUCUCGAGAGUAGACUGGGGGCUAUACUCAGCGCCACGGACAGCACAUCGCCUGUACCUGAGGCUCAUCGUAUUGCUCUCACCGUGCUAUUCCUUGAGAUAAGACUAUUCCUGAAGACACUCCGGCUUGCGCACUGGCAGUCAUGCCUUGUCAUCUGGCUUGGCGGUGAUGAGGCGACAUCAAGUCCUUUACUUACCGUGGACUCAGAUACAAAAGCCGUGUUCGAAAGAUUAGGGAAGAUCUACUCUGAGGCGCAGGCGCAGCGGUUUAUGCGUGGCCACAAGCACCGUCCCAGUGCAGUCGCUUUGGCACAUUCGGCUUCAUCGAAUCUGAGCGGAACCGCCGCGACUAGGGCUGUCAUUGCUACAGAAGAUGAAGCGGAAUCCGGAAGCCCCUUUGCGACACUUCAAGGGCGCGCCCCGCUUCUUGCAACUAUGGGAAGAGGUCUUAUGUGUAACGGACUCGCGCUUCUCGUUGCAUGCUCUGGUCUUCUCGGUGUUGACGACUACAAUCGCCUCAAUGACGUUCUGUGGCACGUAUGCUUAGAGAACGAAAGCCCCUUCAUUCAAGCUAGGGCAGUGUUUCUACUCAUGCAGAGCGCCGAAAAGCCGGAAAGUCGUCUGCUAGGCGCUAUUCGCGAAGAUCUAACAGGACCCGACUUAUUCAUCCGGAGAAGAGCCGCUGAUCGCUUGGGAAUCAUGCUCGGCUGGCGGUACCAACUACUCUCGCAGAAGUACAUCACAGACACCAAGACAUAUCGCCGGCCUUUUAAGUACGCACGGGGCCCCAUUUCGUUCCUCGCUACAGACAUGGGGUCGAGCUCCUUCGUUUUGGAAGACCAGGAAGGAGUCUUGAAAGCCAGCAAUGGAACUGUCAUCCCCGCAGAACUCCGAAAACGGCUCAUGGACAUUGGUUGGGCACUCGACAUGGAAGUCGGGAACCGCAAGGAGGAAAUAUUGAAGACCCCGUUGUCUUUGGCGGCGACUCAACAGAUGGAUCCGGUAGAGGAAGAAUCGUCGUUGACUCUAUCUCGGCCAUCAUCUCCCUCGCCUUCACCGGAGCCAUCUACCUCCGCCGUAACGAGCGCGCGCCAUCCCGUCAAACGACGUCCUAUUGUCGUCCCCGCCAUCGCGUCUUUACUUUCCGAGCUGGUCUACCUUGUCUUUGACGACGACUUCGCUGUGUCAAGUUCGGCGCGCUCUAUCAUCUUGGACGUCAUGCGAGACGACCCUGCUCUCAUAUCGAGACCUGUCCUAGACGCCUUAUCGAGUGGAGAAAAGGACAUACUUAACGCGGUGCGCGCCAUGCAAGCUUUCACACAUAUCCAAAGGUCAUUACCACCAGGCCUGACACAUCACAUCCUCAAUCACAUAGUCGGGUUUCUCAAGACAGCGUCACGGCGUUCAGACGCACCUAUCUCCGCUUUCGCUUUCUCUUUGCCAGUGGUUGCCGAGCUUUCACCCCAUGUCAGCAACUUCUCACUUCGGGAUAUACGGCGUGCGAAGGUGGAACAACUUCUCGUCCCGUCGGGUUCGCUGUGGUUCAGCGAUGUCGCCCCGGCAGGCUCUAUGUUCCCACGGUCACUGGCCGACGCAGUCCAAGGCGCACGAUCUGCCGCCCGGGAGAAGCUCACGCAGAUCACGAUGAUCCGUACAGCUCAGAACUUACUCUUCCUCGAUAUGCUCAAACGGCACCCACAAGACGUUGUCGCAAUCCGGAAGAACAUGUCACGCCUCGUGCUUCCCGCAUACAGCGAUGCUUUUGACGUCUCAGUGAAGGACAUGUAUGCGUACAUCCCCAAGAGGCGUCUGGUCAGCGCUCCCGUGGCCAACCCCAACGCAGAUCUCGAGGGAUUAUCUUUGGUACUCUCUCGCAGCUACGUGCUUUUGGUACAAGCUGUCUUGAAAGCCAUGCCACGACACUUGAACGAUCGCGCGGAGCUCGAAGUUCUCGUGGAUGGCCUCAAUAAGGUUAUUCUCGCUCACGGGGAUGACAUAGGCAUCGUAGCUCAUGUCCUGAUCGCGUUCAUGAUCGCCAGUACUCGUUUCCGACGCAUCUUCAGCUCAAGCGGAGGUUACACGAUGUUCAUGCCAGCGAUCCUCAAGGUCUAUGCCGAGAUGGAGAAUAACGAGGCUAUCCGUGCUGCCAUCGAGUACGCCGUCAAUCGCUUCUACGCUGCGUAUCAGGAGGCGUUUGUAUUCCAAAGCUUGGACGUCCUGUCUCAUUUGAUCACCUUUACCAACGACGCGGAGUGUGGAUGGACAUCUGAUCAGGUGUAUUGCCUCUUUCAUUCGCUACGAGAUGGCGCCCCCCUCCUUGCCCCUGACUACGCCGGUAUCCACAACGUUAAUCGUGCGGAGGAGCAAGAGGCAUUGCUCAUCUAUGCCGCCGAGCAGAAGCCACAGGCCCUCUUCUCUCUCCUGAGGCGAGAACGCAGCGCGAAGGGCGGUGAGAAGAUUGACAUCACUGUGCCAGAAGAGUACGAGACCGUACGCCUCAGCCCAGACAAUCUUGUUCGCCUUUUCCUCACGGUGAUCGGCCAUGAUCCCGGCAUUCGUCGUGCAGAGAACUUCCUACGCCUCCUUCGCUUCCUUGCGCCAAGCUGCUCUGCCGACCCUCAGGCCCACGCCGUCUUGAAGGGAGGUAUUGAGGCACUCGGUACCAUCUUCCUAUCGCGUAGCACCAGCAACAAACAGAAAGUGCCCGAGGCCGCCCAAUUACGCACUCAAGAUGACAUCAGCCGCACGGUCUACGCUGCGUCGAGCGCAAACUUCUACGGCGAAUCACGAUCUCCGAGCGAUCUUGCACAGAUGCGUCUGGACUAUCUAUCGCUUGUGGUCGCCUUCACAAAAGCCGGCGGAGAGCUCGAUUACUCGUCUGCGGCAGGCCAUCGCGUGAUGGAACUCGCUAAACUCGUCCUGAAGGAUGCAGAGCGCGAUCGGGCUUCUAUGGCCCGUAUGUCUUUGUUCUUUUCCGAUUACACCGAGGGCGCUCUCUUGCGCUCGACGCCGCCAAAGCUCAAGCACGUCUUGGCGUUCUUGACAAAUCUGUUACCCAUAUACAAGGCGCACGCUGCAGUUCUCGACUUCUCUGGGAUGCUUGCGGUUAUUCUCAAGUUGUCAAAGAACCCUGCCUACGGCAAUGAGCCCGCCCUGACCAGAAUUGUGGUGGGCCAGUUCUGUGCUGUGGGUUUGGAGACCCUUGAGCUCGCGGGAUCCACCGGACUAGAUACGUUGCCCGUGGAACCUGUGCUUGUACAGCUUCUCAGCCACGCAACACUGAUGAAGGGAGUGGACGUAGUCGGUAUUCUCGAACGCCGCACUCCAACAUAUGCACUGCUUUCGCGCAUACUACUGCCAUUCACCAUCGCUAUACCGACAACUCGUGAAGUGACCCGCGGCGCACAAUGGUCCAAGAGCGCACCCGGGCGUGCACUGGCACGCCUCAUAUUGCUUGUCAUGGCGCAAUGCGAGGGAACGACAGUCUCUGGUCAGCCUCCGCUGGCUAGGAGCAACUCCAAAGAUCAGCGACGGAGCACGUCUAGCCGCGAAGACGCAUCCACUUCUACGGACGCUGCCUCCCUUCUAGCAAUGCUCCUUCAGGUUCUUAAAGUGAUCGUACUUCGCGCCGAGGAGGAGAUCUCUGACAUCCUACCUGGUAUAUGGGUCCAACUUGGUCAACUUCUAAAGCGUAUCCUCGCAGAUGGCGACGCGUCUUUCGCGUUAUCUGAUUCUGGCGGUGAUUCCGUGCCAAACUCGCCGCUGUCUGCGGUCGAUCCCGAUGCUAGUACAGAGAGCAACAGCAAUCCAUUCAGUUCCUCACGAGCAGCAUCUCCUACUGUGCGCAGCAGUUCAGUCGCUCGACCGCGUGUCGUCGAUUAUCUUCUUUGGUCAAUGCUCGAGUUCGCCGGUUUACAUCGCUCUCCCCUCAUCACUCAACUUCGCCCUGUCAUGCAAGUCGGUGCCGCCCGACUUGACGAUGCGCUGCGUGUACAGGUUGCCCCCUCACCCCGCGGCCGACGUCUUUCGGUGUUUGCGAAGCCUCGAAUACGAUCCGGUCUAUACUCGGGGGGAACGACACCCGAAGUCAGCCCAUAUUUGCGCGCUGCAGAUUCAACUCCAGGGUCACGACCUGGGUCAUUCAACUUGGGACCAGGGGCUGGAUUGACGCUCAGUCUGCCCACUACCCCAGAGCGCACACCGGGGUAUGCUCGCAGCGCGGGGCCCUCUCCAUCUCGUCCUGGUGCUGCUCCCCGCAUCGUGCAUCUAGGACCUGUCCAGCGCUCACCUUCCGGAGGUGGGCUUUUCAGGCGCGGAUCCGGAGGCCCCACCGGGCCGGCAGCUCCGGCAAUGGCAGCACGGAUCACCAAAAUCCGUAGUGCCGCGCUUGUACGCGCAACGUAUCGCCGUAUUCGGGUCGUGCAACAGAUGAUGGGUUAUACUUUGUUACUGCCGCUUGCGGAGGGAGAAGGGGAUGAUGCGUUAGGCGAAGCGCGCACUUGGACGCGGCGCGAGGCGUUGGAGGCCGUGGCGAGGGAAACGAAGGAGUUGCAGGAGGAAUUUGGCUGGAGCGGAGGAGACUGGGAUUACGAGGGCGUACUCGUUACGGAGGACCUUUCUUUCACUUCACUUGGACCCUGA